GCCAGGUGUGCGCCCUCUGUGAGGCGGCGCAGCGGGCUGGGGACUGAGUCAGGUAGAAGAGUCGAUAAAACCACCUGAUUACGGAAAAGGACGGCACAACAGGGUUCAGAGGAGAACUCCCCGCCGCCCCCAGAGCGCCGGCAGGACCCUGCACAGGCGGCCGGCCAUGCCUGCGCUCUGGCUCAGCUUCCUCUGCGUCUCGCUCCUCCUGCCUGCAGCCGGGGCCACCUCCAGGGAAGUCUGUGACUGCAAUGGGAAGUCCAACCAGUGCAUCUUUGAGCAGGAGCUUCUGCGGCGGACAGGCAAUGGGUUCCGGUGCCUCUACUGCAAGGACAACACUGACGGCCAGCACUGUGAGAGGUGCAAGGAGGCCUUUUACAGGCACCAAGACAGGGACCGCUGCCUGCCCUGCAACUGUCACUCCAAAGGUUCUCUCAAUCCUCAAUGUGACAACUCUGGACGGUGCAGGUGUAAGCCAGGUGUGACAGGAGACAAGUGUGACCGAUGUCUCCCGGGCUUCUACAUGCUCAUUGAUGCUGGAUGCACCCGAGACGAAAGACUAGACAUCAAGUGUGACUGUGACCCGGCUGGCAUGGCUGGGCCCUGCAACUCUGGCCACUGUGUGUGCAAAUCAGCUGUCACCGGAGAGCGCUGUGAUAGGUGUCGACCUGGUUACUAUCAUCUGGAUGCAGGAAAUCCUGAGGGCUGUACCCAGUGUUUUUGCUAUGGACAUUCAGCCAGCUGCCACAGCUCCACGGACUACAGUGUCCAUAAGAUCACAUCUACCUUCCAGCGAGAUGUUGAUGGCUGGAAGGCUGUGCAAAGAAAUGGGUCUUCUGCAAAGCUCCAUUGGUCACAGCGUCACCGGGAUGUGUACACCUCAGCCCGAAGAGACACUGUCUUUUUUGUGGCUCCUGCCAAAUUCCUUGGGAAUCAGCAGGUGAGCUACGGGCAAAGCCUGUCUUUUGACUACCGUGUGGACAGGGGAGGCAGACACUCAUCUGCUCACGAUGUGAUCCUGCAAGGUGCCGGUCUGCAGAUCACAGCUCCAUUGAUUCCACGUGGGAAGAUACUGCCCUGUGGAAUCACCAAGACUUACACGUUCAGAUUAAAUGAACAUCCAAGCAGUAACUGGAGCCCCCAGCUGAGUUAUUUUGAGUUUCGAAGAUUACUGCGAAACCUCACAGCCCUCUGGAUUCGAGCUACGUACGGAGAGUACAAUACUGGAUAUAUUGACAACGUGAUCCUGAUUUCGGCCCGGCCCGUCUCUGGAGCCCCAGCACCCUGGGUUGAACAUUGUAUAUGUCCUGUUGGGUACAAGGGGCAGUUCUGCCAGGACUGUGCUUCUGGCUACAAAAGAGAUUCAGCAAGACUGGGGCCUUUUGGCACCUGCAUUCCAUGUAACUGCCAAGGGGGAGGGGCCUGUGAUCCAGACACAGGAGAUUGUUAUUCAGGGGAUGAAAAUCCCGAAAUCGAGUGUGCUGACUGUCCCAUUGGUUUCUACAAUGAUCCGCACGACCCCCGCAGCUGUAAGCCGUGCCCCUGUCACAAUGGGUUCAGCUGCUCCGUGAUGCCGGAGACAGAGGAAGUGGUGUGCAACAACUGCCCCACUGGGGUCACUGGUGCCCGCUGUGAGCUCUGUGCUGAUGGCUACUUUGGGGACCCCUUUGGGGAACAUGGCCCGGUGAGGCCUUGUCAGCCCUGUCAGUGCAGCAACAAUGUGGACCCCAGUGCCUCUGGAAACUGUGACAGGCUGACAGGAAGGUGUUUGAAGUGUAUCCACAACACAGCAGGUUUCAACUGUGACCAGUGCAAAGAAGGCUACUUUGGAGACCCAUUGGCUCCCAAUCCAGCCAACAAGUGUCGAGCUUGCUACUGCAACCCUAUGGGUUCGCAGCCUGGAGAGUGUCGGAGUGAUGGCAGCUGUGUUUGCAAGCCAGGAUUUGGUGGCCUCAACUGUGAGCAGGGAGCAUUACUCAACUGUCCAGCUUGCUAUGGUCAAGUGAACACUCAGAUGGCUCUGUUUAUGGAGCAGCUUCAGGGCCUGGAGGACUUGAUUUCAAAGGCCCAGGGUGGUGAUGGCCUAGUACCCAAUUCAGAGCUGGAAGGCAGGCUGCAGCAGGCUGAACAGACCCUUCAGGAUAUUCUGAGAGAAGCCCAGAUUUCAGAAGAUGCUAGUAGAUCUCUCAGUCUCCAGUUGGCCAAGGCAAGGGACCAAGAGAACAACUACCGGAGCCGCCUGGAUGACCUCAAGAUGACUGCGGAAAGGGUUCAGGCCCUGGGCAGUCAGUAUCAGAACCGAGUUCAGGAUACUCGCAGGCUCAUUGCGCAGAUGCGCCUGAGCCUAGCCGAAAAUGAAGCUUCCCUGAGCAACUCGGACAUUCCUCGCUCUGACCAGUAUGUGGGACCAAAUGGCUUUAAAAAUCUGGCUCAGGAGGCCAUGAGGCUGGCAGACAGCCAUGUUGAGUCAGCCAGGAACAUGGAGCAACUGGUAAAGAAAACUGAGGAUUAUUCCAAACAAGCAAUAUCACUGGCUGGCAAGGCUUUGAGUGAAGCUGUUGGUAGUGACCUCAAUGACAACCGUGCAAUACAAGGACUUAUGGGAAAACUGGAGAAAACCAAGUCCCUGGCCCAGCAGUUGUCAGGGGAGGCCACUCAGGCUGACACUGAAGCAGAUCGGUCUUAUCAGCAUAGUCUUCGCCUUCUGGAUUCAGUAUCUCAGCUUCAGGGAGCCAAUGAUCAGACGUUUCAGGUAGAAGCGAAGAGGAUUCAACAGAAAGCUGAUUCUCUGUCAAGCCUGGUGACCAGGCAUACAGAUAAGUUCAAGCGUGUGCAAAGCAAUCUGGGAAACUGGGCAAAAGAAACCCAGAAGCUCUUACAGGACGGAAAGAACGAGAGACAGAAAUCAGAUCAGCUGCUUUCUCGUGCCAACCUUGCUAAAAGCAGAGCCCAAGAAGCACUAAGUAUGGGCAAUGCUACUUUUUAUGAAGUUGAAAACAUUCUAAAGAACCUCAGAGAGUUUGACCUACAGGUAGAAGACAGAAAAGCAGAAGCUGAAGAGGCCAUGAAGAGACUUUCCUACAUCAGCCAGAAGGUUGUGGAUGCCAGUAACAAGAUGGAGCAAGCUGAAGGGGCCCUGGGGAGUGCUGCUGCUGAUGCCCAGAGGGCAAAGAGUGCGGCAGGGGAGGCUCUGGAGAUCAGUGGCACAAUAGAGCAGGAGAUAGGGAGUCUGAACUUGGAGGCCAAUGUGACAGCAGAUGGGGCCUUGGCCAUGGAAAAGGGACUGGCCACUCUAAAGAGUGAAAUGAGGGAGGUGGAAGGAGAGCUGGCCAGGAAGGAGCUGGAGUUUGACACAGACAUGGAUGCGAUGCAGAUGGUGAUUACAGAAGCCCAGAGAGUUGAUACAAGAGCCAAGAAUGCAGGUGUUACAAUCCAAGACACACUCAACUCAUUGGACAGCAUCCUACACCUAAUAGACCAGCCUGGCAGUGUGGAUGAAGAGGGACUGUCCUUACUGGAGCAGGAGCUUUUCCAAACUAAGACCCGGAUUAACAGCCAGCUGCGGCCCUUGAUGUCAGAGCUGGAGGAGAGGGCACGUCGACAGAGCGGCCACCUCCGCUUCCUGGAGACAAGCAUAGAUGGGAUUCUGGCUGAUGUGAAGAACCUGGAGAACAUCAGGGACAACCUGCCCCCGGGUUGCUAUAAUACACAGACUCUGGAGCAGCAGUGAAGCUGAACUUGAUGGAGGUUCUUGGGAUCCAGACCUCAGG